UCACUUUCCAUUCUAUAUGUCUAACACAGCCUUGGCAAGGGAUUUGACUUCGUAUAAAACUACAAAUGUAAACCGUGCGCACAGUACAUAUGGAGACCGCUUAUCCAUUGAUAACCAGUUCGUCCUUGUUUGUUUGCUCAACGGUGAAGAUGGCACCAUUUAUCACGAACAAAUGAGUUCCGACACAAGGAGAGUUUUACACGGGUGCAGGUCAGUGGACUUAAACAGAAUGUUGUUGUAGUUGUUACUUUUCAGAUCUAGUUCAUGUGAUUCCCAAUUUCACUUCUAAAUUGAGUUUUCCUCUUCUCCUUCUCCUCCAUUUUUUUUUCACUGAUUGGUUAUCUAAUUAGACCCGUAAAUUAUAUCCCCGAUCCAAUUUUCUUCUCUUCUUCUUUGAGUUUCAUUAUAAGAUGAUCUAUUGGAAAAUCGACUUCUGAUUUCCACAAAAUGAUGAUGUCGAGAGAGAAAGGAAAUGUAAAUAUCAAUGAAGAACAGAACGAGAGUAAGAAAAUAGUGAAAGAAAUAGAUGAUGAACCACAUCUUCCCCAGGAAUUGAUUAUCGAAAAUAUUCUCACCAGAUUACCAGCUCGGAUUCUAGGCGUGUUCAGCUGCGUCAGUAAGUGACACUGGGAAUUAAUUCAUGGAGAACGAUAGUUACUAGUACUGCUGAAAUGUCACCACCACCAGGUUGCUCUCCUUUUCCUAGGCGGAUGAUUACAAGAACUUUGAGAGAUUAUCAGAGAGAAGCCACCCUUUGUGGGGAUAAUCUUUUUUGGAGGAUAACCAAUAAUACAAGUAAUGAUAAUGAUGAUAAGAUUGAAAUGUUACUCGCAUUUGACAUCCACGAUGAGAAGCUUCAGUUCAUUCACCUCCCAAUUGAAUGCACCCAGGUCCCGAUGAAUGAACAUCAAUAUGUCGAAGUUGAUCAUCAUCUUCUGGAAUUUAAAGGAUAUCCUUGUGUUGCACGCUCGGAAAAGAUAAUAAUAAACAACAGGUAUCAUCGCCAUCAGUGUAUUGCUCAGAGAAGGUUUUGUCGUUGUUGUUUUAAGGUUCAUCUGUAUAUCUUGAAGAACAAGCUCCAGCAAGUGUGGGAAAAGGAGAUGUCUUUCGACAUUCAGAUGGAGGAAGGAUCACUACCAGUUCCCUUUUGCUGUUACUGUGGCACUACUGCUUCUUCUACUACUGCUACUGAUGCGACUACUACCCCCCCUCCUACACGAAUGUUGAGUUUCUCUGAUCAGGUGAUACUGUAUUGGUUUAAUGGGACAUAUCUUGUCUUCUACAAUUUGCAAAUGAAACAUUUUGAGGUGGUAAAUUGCUGUAAUGAGGAGAAUCGUGCUGUUUUUGAAGUUAAGAUGAAAGGAAUCCCUGGAAGACGCAGGAUUGGUGAGGAUGAUCGUAUUUAUUCCCCAUACAUGGAUUAUCAGCUGCACGCUCAAGUUGAAAACAUCCUUUCACUGAAAACCUUCAUUCCCGAAGGAGGAACAUGUAAGUUGGUGGAUGGUUACCACGGUUUUCAAACUUAUGUGGAACAAAAUAUCCCCACGGGAUGGCUGUGUACGGGAAAAGAUCGAUCAACACUGAAAUAUUAUAUUUAUGUUUAGUUUGUUG